AUGAAUAAACGUAUUUUAACUUAUUUAAAUGAAUUAGAGCCUCCUAUUGAUAUUCAAUUGCCCGGAAAGAAUGUGCAAUGGUUACAUCCACAUAAAAAUCCUGAAACAUGUCGAUGUACGGAAGAGUUCUAUUCAAAAUAUUAUUCAGAUAGAACUGAACGUAUUUUAGUUCUUGGUAUCAAUCCUGGUCGAUUCGGUUCUGGCAUUACAGGUGUUCCAUUAACUGAUCCAAUACGAUUGAAAACAGUUUGUAAUAUUGAUUCGAAUUUUCCGUUGAAACCCGAAUUAUCCUCAAAAUUUAUUUAUGAUCACUUUUUUACUGAAUAUUCUAUGAAUGAAUUUUAUGACAAAUUUUUUAUUGGUGCUGUUUGUCCACUUGGUCUUGAAUCGAAUGGACGAAAUAUGAAUUAUUAUGAUAAUAAAAUUUUUAUGAAUGAAUUACUGGAAUAUUUUAUACCAGAUAGUAUUGAGAAGCAAAUUAAUCUUGGCUGUUCGAGAAAAGUUGCCAUAUGCCUUGGUGAAGGAGUUAAUUAUUCAAUAUUAAAUAAAUUGAAUACAAAACAUCAAUUUUUUGAGAAAAUUCUUAAAAUUUCACAUCCAAGAUUUAUUAUGCAAUACAAACGAAAAACAAUUAAUGAUUAUGUAAAACAGUAUAUUGAUGCGUGUCGAUUAGCAGAGAAACUUGUUUCAAAUUGA